CUAGUCCUGAACGGCAGAAUGCUUCCAAUGAAGAUUUUGAUUUCAAAGAUAAAGAUACGCACUUCAAAGAGAAAGAUGUCAUUGCAGAAACAAACGAGCUAUUUCGAAGUCUAAUUGAAGUGAAGAGUUACAGUAACAAGCAGGCAUCUGACAGUGGAUUUUGUAGCGGUGCAGCGUCAAGCAUGGAUGGGCAGUCAAACAUUUCUGAAGGACGUGACGAAUGUAUGGAAGGUUUUAAACCUUUCAUCGGAACGGAUGUACAGAAGUCUACUAAAGCUUCAGUGUUCAGGUCUUCAGUUGGGCCAAUAGUCACCUUGGACGGUUGUGAUGAGAAGUGCUUUAUAACAACUGGUAAUGGUCAAAUCGACAACAACUGUAGUUUUGUAGUCAAUGGACGAUAUGAGGCGUUGAAAAUAUUGGCUAUAAUUUUUAAUGGCAUGUUCAUCUUGAUAGCGCCAGUAGGUUAUAAUCUGCCUAUGGGGAAUUAUAAGAGAGUGCCACAAAAGGAAGAGGUCAUAGAUGACAAAGAUGAGACUGCCUCAGGUAAGAUGGUGUUGCAGGACUUACAAAAUGCUUUAGUCUUCAAAGUUGGAGCCGGAACGGGAUUAACAUAUGGUUAUAUGGAACGGGACGCUUUGGGCAGUAAGGAACAAGGACUUAAAGGAUAUAUGUUAGUGAGGUCAUUAGGAGAAAAGCCGUUUGCUGCACCUGGAGAUGGAGGUGCUUUGGUAUUUCAUAGAAGAGCAAAAGAUUGGUCAUGCAUUGGAGUACUAAUUGGAAGGUCAUCGACGGGAACCUAUGUUGUAAAGACUAUUAAAGAAAUUCUUGAAGGCUUUGAGCAGUAUAUUGGGAGGUCGAUUGCUCUUGAUACACCGUUUAUGGAUCCACAAGUAUCUGCAAUACUGGAUAAUGAAAAAUGAAAAACUUGACGCCAUUUGACGCCAUGACGUAAUAAUGUUGACGUCAGAACAGUGAUUUGUUUUAUAAUAAUUCACUGUUUUCUGCCUUCUUUGUUUAAUAGAAAAAUGAAUCGGAUCGUGUUAGAAUAAUUGAUAAAAAUGAUUAUAUUUUAUAAGAUAUAAGAUAUAAUGCACUUUGCAAGUGGAUAAUUACUUGAUAAGCAACUUUGCUACGCAUUAUGGAUUAUAUCUGCAUUUUUCUUCUCAAAAAAAAAAAAAAAAAACAACAAAAAAGCAAAAAAAAAACAACAACAAAAACAGCCAUACGAUAUAGCCACUGUUUCGUAUUUUGAACACUUACCAAAUUAUAUAAUAUAUAUACCAAAUGUUUUAGCCAUACAUGAAAAAAAGAACUUAAGGAUGAAACAUUUUGAGGAAAUUGUUUUCAGAGCAUCUGACACUUUAUUACCAAUCAACACCUUUUUGCAAGUUUAUUGCUUAUCACACCUUUUUAUUGGGGGACUAGAGGUGAUCAUGUUAUUUAUUACACAGAUAAGAAUCAUCUCGGUGAUAGCAGCGGAAGCACUGCGUCUUUAUUAAAAGCCAAAUUCUCGAAUAUUUUAUAAAGUUUUAAUCAAUUAAAAAUGUUUUUAGAUACAUAGUCUGUAUUAAUUACCAAUAACUUAAGGAUAAUGUGACAGUGAUUCAGUACUAGAUGUACGCAGAGCUAAUCUUAAGCAGGUAUAGCACGCGCUAAAAGAAAAGAAAAAUUCAUUUUACAUAUCAUAUCAUAUAAUAUUCAUGAUGAUAAUAUAAUGAUUAUUAUUUCGUUCCGCUACAUAAAAGGAAAUACUAUAUUGAGCUGUUAAAGAGUAACAUAAUAAAGAGAGCAAGUAUUAAGAAUUAAUCGUGUAACAUUUGUAUUUUCCUGUGUUCCGCAAAUUACAGUGCGACAGCUUCAUUUCGCUUAAAAUGAAUCAGUUUUUGUUAACUUUUUUAUGCUAGUUUUAACAAUCUAACAUCUAUUAAAUUAGUCAAACAGUCACCAGGUUAUCUUUGCAAAACCAGGACUUUGACAAUGUUAAAUACCAUUUCUAAGUGGCUUACACACUUCUGUUUUAGAUUGGGGACCAAGGAGCAAUAAAUGAUAUAGUGUUGCAUUUUUUUAAAUCUGCUUAUGUACAAAAAAGAUGAUUUAAUAAACUUGUCUAAUUGGAUUUUUUUCCCCAUA